AUGUACUCACACAAUAACCUUUCGCAGACCACUCAACGCCCUACCACGGCCAACAGCAAGAUGCGUGGCGGCGCUCGUUCUCGUCCCGUAUCUCAAAACGGCCCGCAAGUGGCGUAUACACCAGCAAACCGAAAGAUCUUCAACUGCAUCGUCGACGAUACGGCAUUGGUGGCUGGCGUGAAGAGAAGCACGAGGAACGGCAUACGUCAGUGGGUCAAGAACGGCCAGAUAAGGCUGUUCGUGCCUCUAUACGCGCUCGAGCAGCUUAGCCGUCAGAAGGGCGCAACCAACAAGCAUGGUGAGGAUGUGCGAGAGACGCUAGAGUGGUUGGACGAUGCGACCUCGAAGUACCCUCAUGCCGUCACCCUACAAGGCGGUGACCAGUACUACGACCAGUGGGCUGAAGUGGAACGCUUCUCCGUGCCGCGUACACUCUUCUCCGAGCAGGAUAUGUACCAUGAGGAAAAUCAAGAUGCCAGCACGCAUCUCGAUAGCCUUCCGGAUGCCACUGCCAGCAAGCUGACCAUCUCGGAGGUCCGACUUAAGUCAUCAGUCAGCUCUGCAGCUUCUGUCGGCUCUGGCUCCGCUUCGUCCAUGCAGAGUAUUCGGUCAUCUAUCAGUGCUGUUUCGCCACCAACGAGCCCUGCAAAAGCAGAUCCAUCUCCAGCUAAGUCGAUAUCCACGCCAUUGAGCGCGUCCGCAGCACUGCCAACAGCCAGCGCAAGUGUGCCCGGACGAUUCCAGCCACUUUUCAACUACAUCCUCUGGCGCAUUCAUCAAGAGCUUGAUCCAGUCGCUGCGCUGGAGACCUUCAUCUUCUUGUGUAAUGAUCCACAGAAGGUGCACUACACCAAGCGCUUCGACAUAAGGUCGAAGAGGCUAGAGCAGCUACGUGAAGCUGUGGGCCGAGAGGACCGUGACGUGCGCAACCGUCUGAGUUUGCAGAGUCGCGAGAAUCAACAAUUCGUUGCGGCCACACCAGCUUCAGUCGCUCCGGUAACGGUUGAUGAGGACGAGGUGGUGUACAAGCCGCCACCCCGCGCACCCGCCACGAUGGCCCAGCAGCAGCUACCACCGAAUGUGAUCGACCCGAACUCAUUCGGCCGAACGAAAGUGCCAACUGCUUCACCCACGGCGGUCAAGCCUACAGGCCCUAACCUACCGUCUUCCGCACGUGGCGCCAUGCAAAACAGCGGCUUCUUACCACGUGGCAAUAAUUCCCGUGGCAACUUUCGUGGUGGACGUGGGCGUGGCAAUUUUGCCCGCGGAGGCUAUACGCCCGCGCAGACACCAUCAGGUGGACAAAUCGACCCAGACAGCUUCGAGCGACCGAGAGGCGCUGGGCCAGCCACUCGCGGCGUGUCACGCAAGCUGUGGGUCCCGACGUGA